AACGUUUCAAGGUGGCGCCGGCGCACUAGGCUGUAUCUUAUUGUGUUUUUUUGUUUUGAUUUUUUAGUUGGGGCUGAGGAAUUGGGUAGAGUCGCAGUCGUUUUUUGUUCUGAAACUAUUUUAGAUCUGCAUUGAUUUCGGGUGUCUUUUAUGAAUAAUCCGAAGCAGCAAAAGCCGACGCUAACCGGUCAGCGUUUUAAAACUAGGAAAAGAGAUGAAAAGGAGAGAUUUGACCCUACCCAGUUUCAGGAAAGCAUCGUUCAAGGUCUGAAUCAAACUGGCAGUGACCUGGAAGCAGUAGCGAAGUUCCUGGAUGCCUCCGGCGCCAAGCUCGACUACCGGCGCUAUGCCGAGACGCUCUUCGACAUCCUGGUGGCCGGCGGAAUGCUGGCCCCAGGUGGAACUCUGUCUGAUGACAUGACCCGCACAGAGUUCUGUCUCUUUACUGCGCAGGAAGACCUGGAGACCAUGCAAGCAUAUGCUCAGGUUUUUAACAAAUUAAUCCGGCGUUACAAGUACCUGGAGAAAGGACUUGAGGAGGAGAUCAAGAAGCUGCUGCUGUUCCUGAAAGGUUUCUCCGAGUCGGAGCGCAACAAGCUGGCCAUGCUGACUGGGAUCCUGCUGGCCAAUGGGCACAUCUCCGCCUCCAUCGUCAGCAGCCUUUUCAACGAGGUUCUCGUCAAAGAGGGUGUCUCACCGGCCUUCGCCGUGAAGCUGUUCAAAGCCUGGAUAAACGAGAGAGACAUCAAUUCCGUCGCCGGCAGUCUCCGCAAAGUCGGCAUGGACAACAGGAUGAUGGAGCUGUUCCCUGCCAACAAGCGGAGCUGCGAACACUUCUCCAAGUACUUCACCGACGCGGGGCUGAAGGAGCUGUCCGACUUCGCCCGGAACCAGCAGUCCAUCGGCGCCCGCAAGGAGCUGCAGAAGGAGCUCCAGGAGCAGAUGUCCCGCGGGGACCCCUUCAAAGACAUCAUCGUUUACGUCAGGGAGGAGAUGAAGAAGACCGGCAUCUCCGAGCAGACCAUGGUCAGCAUCGUCUGGUCCAGCGUCAUGAGCUCAGUGGAGUGGAACAAGAAGGAGGAGCUGGUCACGGAACAAGCCAUCAAGCACCUGAAGCAAUACAGUCCCCUUCUGAGCGCCUUCACCUCCCAGGGGCAGUCAGAGCUCACUCUGCUGCUGAAGAUCCAGGAGUACUGCUACGAUAACAUUCACUUCAUGAAGUCCUUCCAGAAGAUCGUGGUGCUGCUCUAUAGAGCGGACGUUUUGAGCGAAGAGGCCAUCUUGAAGUGGUACACCGACGCUCACGUUGCGAAAGGGAAGAGCGUUUUCCUCGAGCAGAUGAAGAAGUUUGUCGAGUGGCUCAAGAACGCCGAAGAAGAAUCCGAGUCCGAUCCGGAGGACGAAGGCUGAGCCCUGCAUUUUCAGCUCAGUGCAACGGGAGCCGUAGAAUGUUUUGUUACAAACCUCUGACCUUCGUUUUCAUUUCUUUCUUUUUCUAUUCUACCUCCUGUACUUUCAACCAUAACCCGUUCAAAUGCGAUAUAAAGGGCUUUCACAGUGUUGAUUUUAACUCCUUUUUCUAAACUAAUAAUGUUUACACUUAAAGAGCACCAAUCGUCAAAACCAGCCUCCCAAACACAACUGGGCUAAUGGCGCCGAUUGCUAAGGUGCUGUAUUUGGCCAUCUUUAAAUUGAUCCGUGUCCUGGUUUUUUUUCUUUUCUUUGUUUUAUUCUUCAUCAGUGGGUCCUUAUAGUUACUCCCCACCGCCUAUUUUGGAAGGAAAGCAUUCGGUUUAAUGUAGGGCGCGAUCUGGACCCUCGAUCGACACUUUUCAAACAAGUUGGACUUGUUGGGGUACGCAUUGGGGUAUGCCUUCUCUCCUCUAAGUAUGAGGACCCUUGUCUGAUUUUUACUUUCCUGAACUAUAAUUGCCUGUUUUGCCAAAGGAGUAAGCCCUGUUUUUUAAUGUCGGUUCUAUCCAACUCUAGUUCAUUCUUUUCACUUUGGAUUAAGUGUCAAAAAUAAUGUAAUGUAAAUGCAUGGCGCUGGUGAGGUGCCACUUCUAAACCGAAAUUGCCGUGGACAUCAAACAUAAAAUGCAGUGCCAGCUCUCUAAUAUUGGUUACUCUUUUCGUUACCCUGAUAUCAAUUGAAUUUUUUUAAAAAUAAAGAAUUCAAGGUAUAAA